UCUAAAAGGAAAACCAAUAUGUAAUCAAUUCAGCUAACUGUGGAAUAAUAAUCUUAAUAAUCUCCAGAAUACCAAUUCAAGCUGGAAAAUCAACCAAAAUUCAAUAGAAGGAAAUCAAAUAAAUGAAACAUUCGACCAGCAACAUGGCGUAUGAUUAACAUACGCAUUUAUUGUUCGCCGGCAUUUCUGUGUUACGUGUGGAGGAGGGCGACUCCCUGGCUGCGUGCAGGAGAGGGAGACGGCAAUAAGAGUGAAGCUGGCAAAUUCUCACACAAAAUGCGUCGACUAAGCAGCAGCAGCAGCAGUAGCAGCAGCAGCAGUCUUAUAAUCAACAAAAAACAACAGCAACAACAGCUGCUGGAGGUGAAGGAGCAGCAGCAGCAAAAGCAGGCCCUAGCAGAGCAGCGACCGAGGCAGAAGCAGAAUCAGCAGCAGCAGCAGCAGCCGAAGGCAGUGAAAGAGCAACGAAAGCAGCAACAAAAUCAAAGGUUAAUCCCGGGCCCACGCUGCCCACUGCUGCCGCUGCCGCUGCCGCUGCUGCUGCUGCUAAUGCUGCUAAUUGUUGGCCAAGCAGUUUACGCAGUCGCGGCCAGUGGCAGUGCCAGUGGGGCAGUGUCGAGCGGCACGGAUUGGCUGGCUGCCCAACCAUCGAGCUACGACCAAGACAAUGCAUUUGCCGUGGGGCACAGCGGACACUCUUCAACUGCCCUGCUGGAGGAUGAGCUGCUUGUGGAGGAGGAACCGAAUGCGCUGACCAUUGCACGGCCACCGCGUGCAGGUCGCGGCGAGCGGCAGGCGGAGGAGGACCAGGUGGAUCGCUGCCGGCUCUUCGUCGAGGGAGAUCCCACCAAGAAUGAGCUGUACAGCCCCGAGUAUCCCAAUCUGUAUCCCAAGAACAUCAACUGCACGCGCGUAAUAACAGCGCCGAAGGGACAAAUCAUACGCCUGGACUUUCGCAACUCGUUCAAUAUCGAGGCCAAGGAGGAGUGCAAAUUUGAUUUUCUCGAAAUACGAGACGGUCAGUAUGGGUUCUCCACGCUGAUUGGGAAAUAUUGUGGCACCGAUUUCCCACCGGAAAUCACAUCCAAGGAGCGCUACCUGUGGCUGCACUUCCACUCGGAUGAGACCAUCGAGUACACGGGGUUCAGUGCCGUCUACGAGUACCUCGAUCGGAAUCGCGAGGCGCCCAGCACCGACCUCAACUGCACCAUCGAGAAGGAUGGCUACGAGGGCUUCAUCAACUCAACGGAUGUCCCAGCGGAUAUACGCGAGCAGGUCAUUCGCAACAAGAUAGCGCUCGAUUGCAUUUGGCGCAUUCAGGUUAAGGAGAACUGGAAGAUUUUCCUCAAGUUUUUGGACUUUAAGCUGAGCAAACCGAACGACUGCGAGACCAACUUUCUGGACAUAUUUCCCGAGCAGACAGUGAUGCCAUUGCGGGUGAAAAACUUUUGCGGCUCGGCGGGCGAGAGCAUUACGGCGGAGUCAAAUAUUUUGCACUUGCGUUUUUAUGCAGAUCAAAUCGCGAUUAAUUCGACAUUCGGCAUUCUGUACACCGCGUUCCGGGAUCGUGGCGCUGCCUGCACCGAGGACGAAUACGAUUGCGAGGACGCGACCUGCAUAUCAAAGGAUUUGGAAUGUAAUGGCCUAGACAAUUGCAAAUUUCGAUGGGAUGAGGAGAGCUGUACGGGCGAAACGGCUGGUCAAUCGGAGCAUGUGGUCAUCAUUGUGAUUGUGUUUGGCCUGAUACUCGGCGGCAUGGUCGUUACGUUCAUCGUCAAUUGCAUACGCAAGAUAAUACGUGAUCAAAAGAUAAUACGCGAACACAUCCGCGAGUCAAAGGAAAGCAAGCUGGACGAGAUGGGUCGCAAUUCCAAGGCGCGUUCGCGAGAGAACAUAUCAAGGCAAAAGCAUUCACAGACCUCGCUGCAAAUACUGGACGAUGUCUCGAAUCGCUACUACCGAGAGGCCGUGCCCAUGUCCACACAAUCGAGCAAAGCCGAUUUCAAGGAGAAGGAGCACAGCAUUCUGCGACGCCAUCCGGACAUGACCCAAACGAGUCUGUGCGGCAUUGGCAUUGGCGACGAUGGCGACUCGAGCUCAACCACAACGGCCACGCAUCAGCAACAGCAACAGCAACAGCAUCAGCAUGAGAUGAUGACAAAGGCGGCCAUGUCGACGGCACCAGUUAAUGCCUGCGAUAUGGGCUGUCAGACGAGGGAAUCGCUGUUCGUCAACAGUCCUGGCAUUGGACCAGGAGCGGGCAUCGGUAUUGCCACACUAAUGAGACAAAAGUCCAGCUCGUCCUCGCUGGGCGGUGGCAGUGUGGCGGGCGUUGGGAUGCCGCCGCCACCUCCACGCUUCUUCUCCACCUUUGGCUAUGAGCCGGCGCCACAUGGCCAGGGAUCGCCCUCGCUGCCGCAGAGUACACCGCCGCCGCCAGUGGUCGGCACGCUGACACGACGCAGCAUGCAACAGCAGCAGCAACAGCAGCAGCAGCAGCAGCAGCAAAUGCAUCCCGAGUCGCUGGAGCUGGAGGAGCGACAUAGCGGCCGCUCGCAUUAUGGCGGUCUCAUGGCGACUCCCACAGCGAAGCCGCCACAGGAGAUCUGUCACCACCAUCACCAGCAUCAACAGCAGCAGCAGCAGCGCAUGCAUCAUGUGCAUCCUGCCCAUCAGCAUCCACCAAGCAUUGCAGCGCGAAUCCCAGCCAUGGGCCUUCAGAAGGGACACGGUCAGGGCCAGGGACAGGGCCAAGGAAUGUGUCAGACAACGAUCCUGCCCGGCAAGCAGCCGCACCAGCAGCCGCACCAGCAGCAGCAGCAGCAAAAGAACGAAGAGUCCAAAGUAUUCAUCGACAUACGGAAUUCAGCGCCAGACGUGAUUAUCAUGACGUCCCAUUGACAUUUAAGGAUUGCCCGCCAAUCAGCAAGAACAACAGAAACAGGAACAGAAACGGCAACAGCAACAACUACGACCGGCAGCAUCAGCAGCUGGACAUUGGCCAACAUAUUAACCGCAGCGACGCUGAUGACACAACACGGACAAGGACACGGACACGGACAUGGACACGGACACGGACAGCUCGGGGGCAGGUCCAGUCCCUGUCUGCAUUCUGUGACAGUUUAUACUUUUGCGUCUCUCGCUCUUUUUAUUGCUGCAUCCCCGAUGUGCUUAAAGUUCUUUGAGUGGGCUCUGGCAUCACCAGAGAAAGGUUUAAUUCAAUUUUGGAACUGGUGUGGUUUUAAACCGGAACCGGGUGAAAUUUUGUACUGUUAAGAAAUGUAAACGUAAUUGAGAGAAAUUGAUCCUGUUUCGAAUUCGUUGGUCGCUUCUCAGUUGCUUCUCCAUCUGGUGCUCAUCCAAGAGCUUUAGCUUUAAGUUUAAUUUGUUUUAAACCAACUGGAAUUUGGUUCUAAUCGGUUCAAGCAACAGCGGCUUUCAAUAUUGCGUUAGGCGUUGAGCAGUCAGUCUGUGGGGGGACGCCACCAAAUGAGCAGGAGCUGGACAGCUGCGACAAAUGGAAGAUGUGUUUGUCCGUUGGCCAGGGCCAGCCCCUUUGCAAUUGAAUUGCCGGCUCGAGCCGCUUUCCCGGCUGUUCUCUGGCUGGCCGCAAUCGAAGGCAACAUGGCCGGACAUGGUCCAGGCAAAAACGAUGAGGAUGCUGCAUGUAGGAGCUGCACAAGGUGGACACGGUUUAUGGUGGGUUGAGCAGACAUUAAACAGACAGAGACGUUGACAACGUGGCGUAUGAGCAACAUU